AUGACUAGUACAACCGAAUCGCUAUUCAAUUUAUAUAUAUUUUCUACGCCAAAUAAUUUUCGCAAAGUUAAACUUAUUGUCGAUGAAGGCCUUCAAUUUAAAACACAAGUCAGUCCAAAUACAUGUUUGGAAGAUCUUGAAAUUGAAAUCGCUACUCUGCAAGACUUGUCAAUGCUUUUCGCACUUGCACCGUAUCUAAUUCGUCUAGAAGCAUGUAUUGUACGUAAUACACCACAAGAGUUCAUUCCUCAAUUUCGAAUGAACAUUAUACCUCAAGUACUGAAAGAAUUUUAUAUACAAACAAUAGGACACCAAGUAAUUCCGUUUCAAAGCCUACUACGACCACUUCUUUGUAAUAUUCCAUCAAUUGAAUAUGUUUCCGUCAGCGUGAAAAGUGACGAUCCUGAUUAUGCAGACGCGUGUCUUUGGGCAGAUGUGGUCGCUGUCAUGCCAUCUCUGAAAACAUUUCUUUUGGGUCUUGAAAUAGAAAUAACAUUAGAUCUGUUUAAUCGUUACAGUGAUAAUGGAGAUGCUGAACUCAAAUCACUUGUUUUUAAAUCUUUUGCAGAAAAUUUCGACUUGUCUUCGUCCUUUCGUAUAUAUACAAACAACGCAACAUUGUUUAUUGAUAGUGUCCCUUAUCAAUACACUCGUGAACAAAGCUAUAAUACAUCUCCAGAAGCUGUUCACGGCCUUUGUACUAAUCCGACACAUCUAGAACAGCCACCUCACAACAUUGUAGGACUCACAAUGAACGGCGAACAUAUUCCAAUAACGAAAAACGAUUAUCUUGAAGUUAUUCGUCAUUUUUCUUCUAUCACAUGGCUUUCUCUUAGUUCGGUAAAUGUUUAUGAUCAGGAGAACGAAACCACUGAAGUACUUCCAACCUCAUUGAAACUCAAGAAUCUCAAGUCAUUAUUUUAUUUUCGUUCGACAGAAUGCAAAGUGAACAGAAUACUUUUUGAUCAACUCUUCUAUGGACAUAAACGGCUUGAAAUACUCAAAAUGAUGUACGGCGAUUUAAUCUAUCUUCUACGUACAACAUCACCUUCAAUAGAUGGCAAUCAUAUUAAAAAUUUAGAAUUGUAUUGUCAUGGAGCGGAUGGAACUGUUCAUUUGAAGGAUUUAUAUUAUUUGACUUUGACAUUUCCGCAACUCGAAUGUCUAAGUAUUCAAGUUUCAUCGAGUAAUUUGAUUAAGAAAAAUCAAAUAGAAAUAAUUGAAGAGCUGAUCAAGUCGUUUAGACGACUCCGUUCAUUUCGGGUCAACUGCACGAAAGGUACUUUGAAAUUAGCUCGAUCACUUAUGAAAAAUGAUCAAACCAAAUUCGAAUGGCUUUCUCGUAUUAAUGCUAUCGGUUCACAUUUAAUACUUGAACCUAAAGCUAUAGCAAUUUGGAAGAGUGUUGAUUCUUCAUCAUCAUUUGAACUGAAUCCUCGAAUUACUUCGGUUGUUCAUAUUUCUGUUAGACCAACUAGUACUGCCCGUCUGCCUUUAGAUAAGAAAGACAAAAAGCGUAUCAAUCCUAAAUCAGCAACGCUAACAACUCAUCAAAGUCGUAAUAGAUUCGAAAAUUCAAUUAAAAAAGAAAAUUUAUUCAAACGAUCAUUAAGUGCAACAUCUUCUGUUAGUGUGACUAGAGUUCGUCGUCCAUUAUCACAGUUUCGUCAAAAGUCAUGGAAAUCUACUGAUGAUUUAAAUCAAAAAUUUAAUUAUGUGAAUAAUUACGAAAUAGAUUCAAGUAUCAAACAACAUUGUUAUACAACAGCCAAAAAUACUAUUACCAAUAGAACAAAUUCAACAAAUUCUAUUAAAAAUAAAGAAUUAUUUGGAACGGUAGAAGAUCUAACAAAUCCUACACAUCAAUCUCAUCAAUCAUCAAAAAAUAAAAAGAUAAAAAAAUGGUUAGAAUAUUGUUGCCGAUGUUCACGACGACGGGCAUGUGCAUCUGUAUUUUGUCUUAUUCUUCUUGGUAUAAUUAUCACUAUUAUUCUUCUACUAAACAAAUCAAAAACAACAGCUAUUAAACCUUCUCUUAUAGCCAUUCUUCGUUGGAAUACUACUGGUAUAACAUUAUUUGGUACUACAGGCAUCAGAGGAAAUACAUCUGAACAAUUUUCCAGUCCUUUUGGUUUAGCAUUUGAUUCAUUCGAGAAACUCUAUAUCGGUGAUAGAUAUAAUAAUCGAAUUCAAAAAUGUGAUAUCAGAGAAUUAACUUGUACGACAAUAGCUGGUCAAGCAAAUGCAGUACGAGGAACUAAUAUGAGUUAUUUGAAUGGACCUACUUAUGUUUAUAUUGAUUCAAAUGAUAAUUUAUAUAUAGCAGAUUCUGAUAAUUAUCGUGUUCAAUUUUGGAGUUAUGGUGCAUCUUAUGGUACGACAAUCGCUGGAAUUACAGGUUCUUCAGGUUCUGCAUUAAAUCAAUUUAGUAUUCCAUAUGGCAUUACAUUAGAUUCCAAUUCAAAUGCAGUAUAUAUCGCAGAUUAUAAUAAUCAUCGUGUUAUGAAAUACUUAUCAAGCAGUUCAUCAGGUACUAUUGCUGCUGGUGGAAAUGGUUUCGGAACAAAUAAUACGAAAUUAUAUCGUCCUGCUGGUCUCUAUUUCGAUUCAUCAACCAACAGUCUUAUCAUUGCUAAUUUUGGUGCAAGUAAUAUUGUUCGUUGGGUUUUAGGUGAUAAUAAAUGGACAAUAGUUGAAGGUGAUAUUAAUGGAUUGAAUGGUAAUACAUCAACAUUGCUGGAUCAUCCUACAGGUUUCACAUUUGAUCCCAUGGGUAAUAUUUAUGUAGCUGAUAUGUUUAAUCAUCGGAUACAAAUGUAUCCAGUUGGUCAAACAAAUGGUACUACAAUUGCUGGUAUAUCAGGCCAAGUUGGCAAUAAUUCAACUAUGCUUAAUUAUCCUGUUUCGGUAAUCCUUGAUAAUCAACUUAAUUUAUAUGUUAGUGAUUCAUUUAAUCAUCGAAUACAAAAAUUUGUCCGCUAUUAA